AUGUCUUCAACUCUGUCAACAGCGCCCGUUGCGCCGAGAGCUACUCCGCUGCCUCCGCUCCCAUCUGAGGAUCCGCUCACGUCCCAACAAUGGAAGACGCUUCUUGCUAUCACGGAUGCCGUCAUCCCAGCAAUCAAGCCCAUAUCCACGGCGAAGACACAAACUGAAAUCGCUGCAAGCGACACCGAUUACUCGAGCGCUGUUAGCAAGCUGACGGCUUUAACGCCGGAGAAUGACCCUGAUGCGGAGACAGCGGUGAAGGACUAUCUGGAUGACUAUGCGAGUCAGGAUCCAGCGUUUCGAGCCGAGUUACAGCGCGUCUUCGCCAUGUACAUGCCGCAAAAUCAAAGAAGGGAGCUGUGUAUGGUGCUGAAUGUCCUCAAUACCAGGGCGGGCUCGCUAGCCCUGACUGGCUAUCUCACACCGAUUAGCGAACAGCCGGCUCAUAUAAGGGAGUCAAUCAUCCAAGGCUGGGCUACCGCGCGGUUAGGAGCGCUUCGCCAACUGCGCCGCUCGUUGGUCAUCAUCACCAAGCAGGCCUGGAUAAAGACGUCGCCUUCGCUGAGACGCGUCAUAGGCGCCCCACGCGUGCCCGUGGGCAUGAGGCCGGGGAAAGGAUUUGACUAUGAAUUCAUACAGAUACCUCCAGGCGACAAGCCCGAGGUUAUCGAGACGGAUGUAGUGGUCGUGGGUAGCGGCUGUGGAGGCGGUGUGACGGCAAAGAACCUCGCAGAAGCCGGACAUCGUGUGUUGAUCGUAGAGAAGGCAUAUCACUGGACUCCAGAUCACUUCCCCAUGGCCGAAGUGGAUGGGUGGCACCAUCUCUUCAUGAGCGGAUCAUUCUUGACAUCUGAUGAUAGUUCUGUCAGUGUUGUAGCAGGGCAGGCCAUGGGCGGUGGGGGGACCGUCAAUUGGUCUGCUUCUCUCCAAACGCAAGGCUAUGUCCGUCGCGAAUGGGCAGCACGAGGCCUGCCGUUCUUCACAUCAGCAGAGUUCCAAGACUCGUUAGAUCGUGUCUGUGAUCGAAUGGGUGUAUCAGACAAGCACAUCAAGCAGAACCGCAACAACGAGAUACUGCUAGAAGGUGCUAGGAAGCUCGGCUGGAAUGCUAAACCCGUGCCACAAAAUACUGGCGGACAGCAGCAUUACUGCGGUUAUUGCAACUUUGGUUGCGGUUCCUGCGAGAAGCAAGGUCCUGUAGUAUCCUUCCUACCUGACGCAGCACGCGCAGGAGCAAAGUUCAUCGAAGGCUUUCACGCAGAGAAAGUCGUCUUCUCCAACAAGAAUGGCCAACGGAUAGCAACCGGUGUAGUCGGCACAUGGACAUCCCGCGACGCUCAUGGCGGCGUCUCCGGCGCCCCUCUGACAACUCGCCGUGUCCUCAUCAAAGCAAAGCGCGUCAUUGUAUCAGCAGGCACCAUGCAAUCCCCACUCCUCCUCAUGCGCUCCGGACUCAAGAACCCGCAGAUAGGUCGCAACCUGUACCUCCACCCCGUCACCUUCCUCGGCGCCUACCACAAAGAAGAGAUCAAACCCUGGGAAGGCGGUAUCCUUACCUCAGUGGUGGGUGAAUUUGAAAACUUAGACGGCAAGGGACACGGCGUGAAACUCGAGGCUACAAACAUGGUCCCUUCGGCUUGUCUUAUGUGGGUAGACUGGAAAAGCGCUAUGCAAUACAAGAUCGACGCUGCCAAAUUGAAGCAUAUGGUUGGGUACAUUUCCAUCGCGAGAGACCGCGACACAGGGAGAGUGUAUCCAGAUCCUGUCGAUGGACGCGUCCGUUUCUCAUACCAAACUUCCAACUUCGACAAACAACACGUCUUAGAAGGUGUUAUUGCUCUUGCGAAGAUCCAGUACGUUGAAGGCGCCGAGGAAAUCUUCACCGUCAUACCUAAUAUGCGACCUUUUGUUCGCGACCCUUCUAUACCUUCUGGUGACGGUAUCAAUGAUCCGGAAUUCCAGACCUGGAUUCAGGAUAUCAGGAAUAAAGGUCUGCCGUCUCCUGAGAGUGUAUAUGUCUCCGCUCACCAAAUGGGUACUUGCCGGAUGAGUGCGAAAGAGAAAGAUGGUGUUGUUGAUCCGCGCGGCGCUGUUUGGGGCACGGAGGGUCUGUAUGUGGCAGACGCGAGCGUGUUUCCCAGUGCUAGUGGAGUCAAUCCUAUGGUAACCAACAUGGCCAUUAGUGAUUGGAUCAGUCGGGGGAUUAGGGAUGGAAUGGAAGACAGGGCGAGGUUGUAG